AUGACACUUUUGCUGACGACCAACUUUCUCCUGCCGCUUUAUCCUCUCUCAUUGCCCGGUGUCUCUCUGCCUGGCUUCUACGCCCCCAAUAAAUCCCUUCACUUCUCCUUUCACCACAUCGACCCCGCAACUUGCCACGGUGACGCUCUAAUAAUAUCUUCCUCGCAUUGGAACGCCGCCUCUCUAUAUCCAUGCGUCCCAUACGGCUGAAAUUCAAAAUCCCCAUCUUGUAUCCAAUUGUCUCACCAAAACAACACCCUCACCACAAUGGUCUUUCCAUUCCGUGCCAAAACCGCCAACACUCCCCCGCCCCCUCCUCUCGUCACCGACAACAACACGCCACCUCCUCAUCCUUCUGCCAUUGAAAACCAUGUUUCGCCCUCAACAGGUCCUCCACCCCGCUAUACUGCUGUCGUGCGCAAGGUCUACCCUUACACACUCAGACCUAUCGUGAUAUUUGUGUCGAUAGUGGGGUUCAUCUAUGGAAUCGCUCUGGGUGUAGAAAGUAUCAAAGACAGGAACGAUGAUGGAGAAACGAGCAAAAUGAAGGUCUUCGAUAUCAUCGAGGCCAUAAUGUUUUUCGUCAUUGCGGGGACGGAGCUCUUUGUCCUUGCUGUAGCUAUCAUGCAAAGCCUCCAGCUGGCGAGGUUAUUCAUCGUCCUUGUUCCUGUGGGCGUUUUGGUCAACCUUGCAGUCAGCAUCGUGUCCAUCAUUGCGCACUUUACCCUCAAGUCUGACUUGAUCAGCCAAUGUGUGACGAAUGAGGAGGGCGAUUCUUUCAGCGACAGCUGGAGUGGCUCGUCUUUCAACGUCACCAACACAGAAGCCAACACUAUCUGUAACAAUUCGUGGAACCGCGGAACUUGGGGUGUCUUUGCUUGGUUGCUCAUCACUCUCGGUAUCUCUCUCCUAUUCGCAUCGACGUACUUUUCCUACUACCACCAACUUCUCGACCCCACCUCCGUUCGGGAGCGAGUGAACUACCGACAGAAUCAAAAUCAAGCCUUUCCCAUGCAGUCUAGCUUCCCCCCCCCUCCGGACGGGCAGCAAGCAUGGAUGGUGCCACCUUAUCCUGGGCCUCCCGGCCCCCCUGGUCCCUACGCCAACAAUCCUCCUCCUCCUGCCGGGUACGAAAAAUCCGACUACCACCCCGGCGCCGAAUGGGCACAGGGAGACUAUGCGCCUCCUGCAGGCGCGCCUCCCAGGGAAAGAGACAUCGGGGAGAACAGGGCUUAGGAGGAGGCUUGGGAUAGGGCUAGAUCAGAGGGUGUCACGGCUCAUCUGACCGGACAUGGAUCUGCACCUAGGAGGAGCUCGGAUAGCUUGAAUGGAGGAGGGUACGCGAUACCGAAUGCUGAGGAAGAUGAGGCGUGGGAGCGGGCGAGGAAUGAAGGUGUCACUUCGCAUUUGACGGGCAACAAGAGGAACGGAGAGAGAGAUGUAUGAUUGGAGUUAGGCAAGGUAGUAUUUCACAAACGCUAUGUAGCUUUCAUUUGUACAAAGGUAAUGCUGCGGUCGACGGCGCGCUGGUACCAGAUAGCCCGUUUCUUGCAUACAUAUAACGUAUCAAACGUCAUGGCUCG